AUGGACUUGUCUCAAUCAGAGCCUGUCAACUCUGAAAAUAACUCUGAAAUACCUGCAGCAUUGAACACCAUGCCUCGGAGACGUCCCCAGCCAUCGACCCCACCGGACCUUCCAACCCCACCAGCUGGCUCAUCCAAAAAACCAUACUACGUCGCAGGUGACGAAGUCUGGUAUUGUCGUGAAGGCAAGAGUGAAUGGCGCGAAGGCACAAUUGAUUCAAGUACAUCGAGCACCAUAUUGCAAACGGUGAGAGAUGACGAUACCUAUGAACUGUGGGAAGUCCCAGUUGAGCGCAUUCGGUUGAGAUCUUAG